AAUAUUUAGGUCUAGACAAUGUCGAAAUUGUUAGCCCUUGUAGAAUGGCAGGAGGAAGGAUUUCCCCUCGGUGUUAUAAAUCUACGUUCCAUAGACAACCCUCGUCUCCCAUUCGAAGAUUAUACACUUGGAUUAGACAUUGAUGCCAAAUGCCAGGGAUUUCCCGGGUCACAUCCCGCCAAAAUUUUAAAGAUCGGCGAUGAUAGAAAAGAAUUACACAAGGAAAUGGUUCUACUUAGGACUACACCUAGAUUGUGUUCAACGGAAGAAGAAACUUGCAUGCCUCAGCAAAAAUCAACCGAAAAGCAGCUUCAAGGGAAAGAUGGGAAUAAGACACAGAAAGUAGAAAAAGCAAAGAAGAAGACGGAAGAAGCCAUUGACAAGAAAAAGGCACAGGAAGAAAUAAGGAAAAAGAAAUUCGAGGAGAAAAAAACCGAAGCAUUUUUGAGGAAAAAAGCAAGGACAGAGUUAAAUAACAAAAUUUUGGGAGAGCUGAAUUUAGACUUCAAUAGAAUUCAAAAUGAGAACAAAGACACUGUGACUGAGGAAGAGUUACUACCUCUUGAGGACAUUGACUUUACACAGUUAGCAGAUGUCUCUGAUCAUGAGGAAGAUGCACUCGAUGCUGAAAUUACUGCUUUAAUGGACUUGCCAGUUCAACAAGUAAAUGCUAAAGGGCACAAUACUGUGGCUCAAAAAGCCCCGAGAAACCGAUCACUGGAGGUGAAAUAUGAUGAAGCAGUUAAAGAAAAUGCCAUUCUAAAAUGCAAACUUUCUGAGGCUUACAAAGAGCUGGAGGAUUUGAAAAGUCGGAAUAUGUCAAAAGAAGAUAAUGAGGAUUACACCAUGCCAAAACCGGGUAAACUUUCGAGUGAUGUGGCAGAAAGAUACAAGAUGGUUGAACUUACACCUGGUUCAGGGGUCUACCUGUAUAAGCAUGAUUUGGAAUAUGUACAAAGAAUCAGAGACCCAUCAAUGCAAGGAACAGCAGCUUAUGGAAAGCGCAUGGCAAAACUGCUGAUGAAUAUUUUCUUUAUAAAGAAAGAUUUCCCUGACAGUAAACUCUCGCCAAACGCUAAAGGCCAUCAUCUGCUUGAUGAAACCAUUACAAGUGCGAUUAUCAAUUUUUCUGUGCAGAAGUCAAGUGCAACAAAAGGGGCCAUUCGUCAAGCAAUGUCAUCAAAAUUAACAUCGGCAAGAGCAAAGAGCAAAAUUAAGAAAGUUGAAUCAAAGAAAGUUGAAUCAAAGAAAGUUGAAUCAAAUAAUGUAGAAAAUAAUGUAGAGUAGACUUAAAUAUAUACUCAUCUGAACUUAUGACAAAAUUAGUUGUUAUUAUUAUUAUUAGUUGAAUUCUACAAAGGCUGCCAACCAUGUUCAUCGUAUACGUCAGUUUGCUGUCCUAAAGGUACUCGAAAUAUUUGAAACACGCUGCAUCACUACUGCCGACCAAAGCUUCCAUAUUUGGGUAUAUCGUACUGCUGUGCAGUACUAAUUUAAAUAUUUGAAACAGGCUGCAACUCUACUGCUAGCCAAAGCUUCCAUAUUUGGGUAUACUGUACUGCUGUGCAGUAGAAAUUUGAAACACACUGCAACAGCUCUACUGCUUAGCAGCAUUAGUACUGCAGGCCAGUAGAAUUCCACUGCAAGCAGCAUAUACUACUGCAGGGCAGCAUAUACUGCCUGGCAGUCUUCUUUGCAGUACAAUUGCAGUCUUAAUUAGCAUAUUUGAAACAUACUGCAAGUUUGCUGCUUCAUUGUAUUUUUCCAUUUAAAAGCCCUGCAGUACAUUUGCAGCACUACUGUAGCACUACUGAUAGUCUACUGGGAUUUUAUACUGAUAAUGUGCUGCAUAUAUACUGCAAUUAU